AAUCUCCCUAUCUCUCUCUCACACACACACAGAGGACGCACAAAGACACGCAGUCAACGUGUCCCUGCUCUAUGCCCACCACCUCUCCCAUAAGCAAAGUAAAACCCUUUAUUCCAAAUCCCAAUUCCUAUACCCUCUGUAAUAAAUUCUAGAAAUCUUGCAUUAUAUUAAUGGCGGGCCUUUAUUGUUUCUGCUGAUUUUUUCCCCGUAGAGAGUCGUCUCAGUAUUGACAUUCUUUAGGGGACCCGUGUCUGUAUCGGUGGGCGUGCUUGUUCCUGCCCUUUUGAUUCCUGCAUCAGAUCAAUUUUCGCCGUCGGUUGCUUCUGCUUUUGCCCAACUCUUUUACGCCUUUCUUCUUGGAUUUCGUUUUUGUUUAAUGAAGUUUGGCGGUGGUGCUUGCUGUUUUGCUUGUUCUUGUGAGGAAUUGUUAUGGAAUUUCCUUGAUCAGAUUCCUUCAGCAUUCUUUCCUUCAGAGGUGGCUGGUGUAAGUUUGAGAAAUAAGGGAGGUUUAAGGACUCAUUUUGUGGCCGAUGGGGAACGGAGACAAUGGCCGCUGUGUAUUUCCGUUAACAGGCUUACAAAUAGGGGAUUUACAGUCCUAUCUUUCACAUCUCAGCCUAUUUAUGGCCUCUGACAGUGGAAAAUUCUAUAUCUUGGUGGACAAUAGGCCAUGGUUAAAAGAUCUUGUGUCGCGGCCUACACAUUUGUGGCAGUUGAUGGUUACUAAGUCUAGGUUGUCCCCCUUCGCGAACACGAAAGGGAGGAAAGACAGAAAGAUGAUAGGAGAACUUUCAGAGUUACAGGCUUCUUCCUCAUCAAACACAGGGAAAUUCAGAAACUUCAAAAAGUGGUUCUCAUUGAUUGAUGCUUUGAUGUUGUCCAGGAAGAGGGCUUUGCUACCGGUAAAGAAGCUUCGCAAUUCUUUGAUUGCGAACAGCAAGUUGCAUAGAACCUUGUACGGCUUUAUUGUGUUUGAGGUUGCUUGGAGUGAUGUACGUGGUAUUAACUAUUUGAAUGAGCUUCAGACGGAUACGUCACUUGCAAUAGAGGCUAAAGUCAUGAGAAGAUGGGAAUUUGAUAGCAUAACACAAGCAGCAAGGUUGAUAUGUUCAUGGUUCCCAGGGACACUCAAUGAACAGAUUCUUUUGAAAGAGCAUUUGGAUGCUACAUUAGCAGGGGAGGUUUUCCAUGAUGCUCAAGAAAGUUUCCCUAGGACAAACAACACUGAUACUGAUGACAUAAGUGAUGAGCUGUAUGUUGGAGAUGAAUCUCCCCUGACUAGCAGUUUUAGCGUUUAUCCUGUAAAGAAGGUAAAUAGGACAAAUAGACUACUGACACCACCUCCCCCUAAUACUCCAUACAAAAGAAGGAAAGUAAUGAGAUCCCUUUAUUGUGACCUUGGGAUUUGUUCGGGAGAAGAAGAAGAGGCAACUGUUGAGAUAAUGUCGCAGGCCACUGAUCCAAGUGAUUGUCAAGAAACGCAUGACCCAACUCUGUACAGGGAUGUUCUGAUUUUGUUUCGGUUUGACGAUCACGACCUUCCAUUUAAACUGAAGGACAUAAUUAUGUCUGAUUUACGGUUACUUACUCUACUUGAAGCUGGACUUCCGUCUUGGGUUAUUUUCCUUCAAUCUUACCCAGUAUUUUGCCAUAUUUAUCGUCCAUGGAUGUGUCCUUUGGCAAGAGUUCUUUAUGUGCUUAUAUCAAUCGUCACUGUUCUCGUUGGAUUCUAUGAUUUGUACAAGAAUGUACCCCUCCUUAAGGCAACAGCAUCUAGAUUGUUUGGACCCCUGUUUGAUUGGAUCGAAACAUUGGAAAUGAUUUCGAGAAUAAAGUAUUUGGGAACUAUGUUGUUCCUUCAUAAUUCUCAGAAGGCUAUCAAGUGGUUUCUCAUGGUGACAAGGACUGUUCGUUCAUGUCUUUCGUUCGUUAUAGAGCCAAUGGCUGGACCUUUUGCUGAGUUCUUGGAAUUAUUCCUUCCUCUUUGGAGUAUGUUUGUUCAACUAGCAGUGAGUUUCUUUUCGGUCACUUGGAUGGUGGUGGAGUCUUCUUUUACAUUGGUAGGAGACAUUGUCGAGAUUUUACUGUUGCCACUAUGGUAUAUCUUGGUGGUAUUGUGGAAUGUUGCAACAUGUGUUAUAUAUCCAAUAAUCUGGAUUCUGUGGGAAGUUCUUUAUGCUCCGUUUCGACUGGUCUUUGGAGUUUUUAGCCUCGUGGCUUUCUUGUGUACAUUUGUAUGUGGUUUAGUUGGAGAUUUUUGGCUAUUUGCGAGCAGCAUUUUCAAUUUUACCAGGGAUGUUGAGUCAACAGUGAGCUCGUACGAGGUUUCAAUGUGGCGUUCUCUGUGGAAUGACCUUUUCUCCCAGGUAUUCCGUGCUCUCCGAAGUAUUCUUCAUGGUUUUGUGGCUUUCUUCACAGCCUGCAACAGACACCGACUAAGCAUCUAUAAUCAUAUCAAGGAGUUCAACCACAGAUUAUCAUGUGCAGCCAGGAGAGUUUGUUCUGAAAGAAAUAGUCAGAGUGGGCAGACUUCUGACGCUCAAAUAAUUCCAACCGGCAGGAAAGAAUCCCAUCACCAGGUGGGAUCCAAAAAGAAUAGAUGACAACCGUACAAAGGCAACCUGAGAAGAACACUCUUCAACGGGGGAAAAAGCAAUCAAUAUAUAACAACCAAACUGAGAAUCAGACAAGUGACAAGUUUGGACUUCAGUAGCCGACUUUUUUAUUUCAGGGGAAAAAGCAAUCAAUAUAUAACAACCAAAUUGAGAAUCAGACAAGUGACAAGUUUGGACUUCAGUAGCCGAGAUUGAAAAACCGCCGACCCGAGGUGAAGCAUGCUUAAGCCAAAUUGUGAGCUAGAGAGUUGAGUCUACAACUAAUAUGUAGAAAUGAAAUAGAAGAGCAAGAAUUCAUUGCAUGUAAGAUGCAUGAUUGAGCGGUUAUUGAGAGAUCCUGAGCUAAAGAUAGGAGCUCAUUGACGAGGCUAAGGCAUGCGCUUUUGAAGAUGAUUAUACUCUGAAUUUGUAACUAGCUCCCCUAGCGGCAAACACCUCAGCUGUUUCACAGUCAGCCAUGUCCUGGAAUAUAUGAGCAUCCAGGCAAUGAUAGCCCCAUCACUAUUUCUCGCCACUGGAAUAUAUGAGAAUUUAGGCAAUGAUAUCCCCAUCACUAUUUCUAGUUACCACAAGAAUUGCAAUGUCCCGAGUUCUUGAACGUGCUUCAUCGAAGUUCAUUUUAAAUGUGCUUGGAGCCUGAUCGCCUGAUCAGAGGAGCAUGCAUUGGCCUUGGGCCGGCAAAAAGCUAGCUUGAGAGAAGCUGUGAGCUGAGGUAGUAAUGUGGUCUGGGGGCAUGUACUCAGCCUCCAUAGCUCUCUUGUCGUGGCCCCACCAUAUAAACCAGCAGAGCGUAAGGAAGAGGUCUCGGUCAUCUAUCUCCAGGUGUCCAUAACAUGGUGAAUCAUAUUGUGUGGUCUGUCUCCUGUAGAAAUAAAUUGCAACGGUAGAGAUAAGGCCUACCUUGUCGUGCAUGGUGACAUUUCAGGAAGUAGUCUUCAUCUUGUGAAAAACGAGACGGGAGGUUCAGCAAGUUAGUGGAAGUUGGCACAACAUUCAGGCAAAGUUUCCGAACAAACUAACCGUACUUUACUCGGGAUCUUGGCUUUCCAAAUGAGCUACCAACAGUGUUUAUGAACUCGAACAGGCUGAGUUUUGCUGCUUCCAAGCAGUAAAGUAGUUGUGAUGCGAUACU